UAGUUACAAGAUGGCGGGUUGCAUGACCUGCAAACACCGGCAUUGACCGGGGUUUUCUCCUUCUAAAUUCUUCCAGUUUGUGAGGAAACAACGUUUGCUUUCGAUCAUUGACAGACCCCAGAUCACCCACCCAUGGUAGGACACAGUUAUUAUCAAGUGCAAUAGCCAUCACAGACAGCACAUCAAGAUGUCUAAAAAAGCAGAGUCGGUCAAAGUGGUGGUGCGGUGUCGGCCGAUGAACUCCAAGGAAACCAAGGAGGGUUUUGAGCGAGUGGUAGAUAUGGAUGUCCCUAGAGGAGUAGUCUCAAUACGUAACCCCAAGUCAUCCUUGGAACCACCCAAGCAGUUCACAUUUGAUUCGGUCUAUGACUGGAAUUCCAAACAGAGAGAGCUGUAUGACGAAACAUUCCGUAGUCUGGUAGAGUCUGUCCUGAAUGGUUUCAAUGGGACGAUAUUUGCUUAUGGGCAGACAGGAACAGGGAAGACAUACACCAUGGAAGGAGUGAGGUCAGAUCCCGAGACCAGAGGGGUUAUCCCUAAUUCCUUUGAGCACAUCUUCACUCAUAUCGCCCGUACACAGAACCAGCAGUAUCUAGUCAGAGCAUCCUAUCUGGAAAUUUAUCAGGAGGACAUUAGAGAUUUGUUAUCGAAGGACCAGACUAAACGGUUAGAGUUGAAGGAGAGACCAGACACAGGUGUUUAUGUCAAGGACUUGUCAUCCUUUGUUACCAAGAGUGUCAAGGAGAUUGAGCACGUCAUGACAGUUGGCAACACAAACAGAUCAGUGGGCGCAACAAAUAUGAAUGAACACAGUUCCCGGUCUCAUGCAAUAUUCAUCAUUACAAUAGAAUGCAGUGAGCUUGGGCCAGACGGGGAGAAUCACAUACGAGUCGGUAAGCUAAACCUGGUGGACUUAGCUGGCAGUGAGAGACAAGCAAAGACAGGAGCACAGGGUGAGAGAUUGAAAGAAGCGACUAAGAUCAAUCUCUCCCUAUCUGCCCUGGGUAAUGUCAUCUCAGCCCUGGUAGAUGGUAAGAGCACCCACAUACCUUACCGAGACUCCAAGCUGACCAGGCUACUACAAGACUCACUGGGUGGAAAUGCAAAGACAGUGAUGGUGGCAAAUCUGGGUCCAGCCAGCUAUAACUAUGAUGAGACGUUAACAACACUCAGGUACGCCAAUCGUGCCAAGAAUAUCAAGAAUAAACCCAGAAUCAAUGAAGACCCAAAGGACGCCCUGUUGAGAGAGUUCCAAGAUGAAAUCAUGCGCCUCAAACAGCAGCUGGAGAAGAAGGGUGGUGGUGGGGGCGGAACCAAGAAAAGAAAGAGGAGGCGGAGAAAAGGCGAAGCUGGUGGUUCAGAUGAAGAGAUUGAAGAUGAAACCGAGGAAGGUGAAGAGAUGGAUGAGGAAGAGAUGUAUAAGCAGGCUCAGGCCAAACUGGAUGCAGAGAAAGAGGCCAUCGUGGCUAACAAGACCAUGAUUGCUGAGGAGAAGGAGAAAUUUCUGCAGGAGCUACAGCAUCGGCAGGGCUUGCUGAAGAAGCAGCAAGAUGCUCGGGAUGCCCUAGAGUCUAAGAUCAAGGCCAUGGAGAGCAAGCUACUGGUGGGAGGUAAAAGCAUCAUUGAUCACACUGAUGAACAAGAGAGAGAGCUGGAACAGAGGCGGUUAGAGCUGGCUGAGAAGAGGCGCAUUGAGCGAGAGAUGCAACAGAAGCUUGAAGAGAAAGAGGAGAACACCGAAGAGAUGGCAAAGACAUUUACCUCCCUGCAACAAGAGGUAGAAAUCAAGACCAAAAAACUCAAGAAGUUAUUUGCUAAACUUCAAGCAACAAAGUGUGAUAUACAAGAUCUCCAAGAAGAGCAUGCACGAGAGAGACAAGAACUGGAACAGACUCAGAAUGAACUGACCAGAGAACUCAAACUGAAGAUGCUGAUCAUAGAGAACUUUAUUCCACACGAAGAAAAGAAUAAGAUUCUCCAUCGUGCUGAAUUUGAUGAUGAUACAGACCAGUGGAUGCUGAAACCACUUGCAAGAUCUGAAGGGCCGACCCAGAUGGCAAAAAGACCAGUAUCAGCUGUAGGCAAUCGAAGACCCAUCGCUGACUUUGCACGGAUGGCAGCCCAAGUUGGCGGAAAUCCUAGAUACAAGGCAGAGAAUAUAUUGCAGGUUGAACUGGACAUGCCAAACCGCACUACUAGGGACUAUGAGGGCCCCAGCGUCGCUCCAAGGGUUCAAGCAGCACUAGAUGCAGCAUUACAAGAUGAAGAUGACCUUGAUUUAGAAGUCCAACCAUCUGUUUUUGCUGGAAAAGCAAAGACAAAACUAAAGAAAGAAAAGACAAAAUCGAGAAACAAGCCUACCAUGGCAUCCUCUGCCUCAGCUGCAAGAAAAACUGGAGGAAAUUCACAGCUGUACCCAUCAGCAAGAGGUCUCAUCUCUAAAUAGUAUCACCCUAAUCUGUAAGACAACACAAUGCAACAGUCACUAUCUCAAUGUGGGCAGAGGUUCCAGUAUGCAGAUUGCCAGUGUGUUCCUGGGGGGCUUACAUUUCCCCAUGUGAGACCUGGUUCUUUCUACCAAUCUGAAUGUUGCCCUUAACUUUAAUUGUCCCCGAGUCCAACAGAAACUUACAGUACAGCAGGCAGUUCCUGUUUGCUUGAGGCGAUCAGUUUAAAAGAAUCAAGUGUGGUUUGUAAUGGUUGGAUUUUGUUGGCUUCAGCAUAGUUCCUCCGGUAAACUGCAGUCAUUUUAUGCUGUGGUUGUAAUCAACUCUGUAUAACUCAGCAAAACUGACUUUGUUAUGGUAAAAGUGACUCUGCCAUAUUUAAAUGGCAGCGACUUGAAACAGGGGUGUCAAAAUGAAUUCUUACUUUCGCACAGUCUGCUGGUCAAAAGUGCCACACUCCAACAACUUCUAAUGGGUUCUUCAGUGACUUCCUGAGGCCUUGUUUUUUGUAUCGGCUAUUGUCUAUCGUGUUGGUUGUGAUCCAGAAAGUCUGUUUUUUUACCUAAAGAUUUAUUGGUCUGUCAUUGUGAUGGAUAUUGCUAGGUAGGAAGUUGCUUGGAAUUGUAGACUUUUGCUACAUAGCUAAUACUAAGACCCCUCUCCAUGGAACUGCCAAGCCAAAAAUUGCUAAGAGGAAUUUGAUGCAAAGCAAAAAUAAAUACAGAACCCAUUACAAGCAAAAUGGACUGCUUGGCGUAGAGACUGGUAACCAGGGGUAACCAUGGUUUACUGCUUCUACAAAUAGUUGCUCUGCCCAGCUGCUUCACGGAAUGGGUCAAAGGUGAAGCAGUUCUGAGCUAUACAUUUCACUAAAGUGUGCAUUCUGACUGUUUUCAAUUUGGACAAAAUUCAAAGGAAGAUGGCUUUCUAAAAGAAACAUUAUAAAAGCAAUGCAUUUUCUCUGAAACUCAGAAAAAAAUGCUGCAUAAGUAAUCUGCAAUUAAAAAAAAAUUUGUUUCUAAGCAUCAAAUUGAUGACCUAGUACUUUUUCAAAAGUGACUUUCUGUGAGGUAUACAGUUUGAUAAAUAUUCCACUUUUGAAAGUUAAAGAGUUAGAGUGUCUUUAUAGUAUAAGCCUGUUGCUAAAGCAAAAUUAUAACUAAUUAACAAAUUCUUUCAAAUGUAUAAUCACUGAUUUCCAAAAUAUUUCUUUGAGUACCUCCUUUUGGUUGUAAAUAUUUUAAACAAAACAGAUGUGGUAUUCAGGCACACUCCUCCUCUGUUAAGUUCCUCGGAAAAAAUGUUGAUGUUCUCUCACUGAUUGUCAUUCUAUCAAAGUUUUUAUUCAGUCAGCUCAGUCCCUCCAGUCACAGCCAGUAUUCCAAAUAUAUCAUUGUAUUCCUAACGUAUUUAUAGUAAAUUGAUUGGGGCAAUAUAAAGUGACACUAGGUGUACUGAUUUUUCUAGCAGGUCACAGUAACCUGCAAUUCCUCACCACUUUCACGAAGAGACAAAGUCUUGCCAGAGAGUAAAAAUUAGGUUUCUAGAAAAUCGCAUUUGAAGUUGGUCUCUGUUUCAAACACUUAUUCCCAGUAUUUAGCAUUCCAUUGCCGUAACCAAUGCUACUUCAUGAAAGAAGGGAAGUUAAAUGACACAGCACUGCAAAAUAAUAUUUAUAGUAAAUUAAUUUUUUUUUUUUAUACAAACACUCCUCUCCGUGACCUGUCCGUGAAAAUGCUAAAAUUUGUGUGACUUUUGUCUGUGUGCGAAAAUGGCGUGUCCAGUACACAUUUUUGCCAUGGUGUUUGCCUGGUGCAAAAUGGUUACAUUUGUGUACAUUUUUUGAAUCAUUUUGGCUCUUCCUGAAAACGGCAAAACAAGUUUUGACUGGUUUUGACCUGUAAUGUUUUAUCUAUGGAAGACAACUUGUCUCUUUUUGUAAACAAAAAAUGCAGUUCAGUUGCACUUUUCCCUAUGCAGAGCAUUGUGAUUCGGCUGAUUUGAGUAAAGUCGGUGAAACGGGUCACACCAAGUUGUAGGCAUCACAUAGCCUAUUUGGGUUUGCAAAAAUACAGAAAUUUGAAAAAUUCAUGGUUUGAAGCCAUUUUGACUCUUCGUGAAAACGAUGAGGAAUUCUUUGUAGUGUCGAAAUUAUCUUUUGGAUAAGCUUUGGGCUAAAGCUGUAGCUGGAGAUUUUGGUCUUAAAAUGAACAAGGUACCUGUAUUAACAUUAACUUAAACAGUCAUUAAUAACAGGCUACCAAAUCACGUGGAUGAUGUACCUUGUGGUCAAAUUACAUACUCAUCUCCAACUUAAUACUGUAUCUUGUCUUACAUUCCGCUGCCUCAGUGUGGUUACAAAUUGUACCAGAUCCGAUGAUUGGAGUUUUCAAAUGAUUUUCUUCUAAGGCCGGACAUGCUUGCAGUUGUAUAAUGGAUGACUCGGUUCAUUUCUUGAAGUGAUUCAUUUGGUUUGAACCCCAACUAGAUCUGCCUGACAUUGCCAUUACCUUUGUAGUCCAAAUCUCCUGAGAUCAAGAAGGCAGUAUCUGGAAAAGUAAAGGGUACAGUCUGGACCUUUUUAGAAUCAGGAGAAUUUGUUGUUGAUUUCUGGAAAUUCUUAAAACUCUUUCACAAAUUUUGGAUGACAUUUUCAAAAAUGCUGUCAGUUUCUUAAUGAUUAAUUCCCCAAAGAGUAGUUUUUGUCAGAAAGGGGAAGGCUCCUUCCCAGGGCCCACUUACAGGAUUCUGAUGACUGCUAAUAAAGUGUAGUUGGGGUGGCAGAAUGCAAAGGGCUGGAAAAUUCUUCAGCAAAACUGGGAUGUUGAAGGAAGCAACUGGGGAUUGCUCAUGAUUAUAGAUGCAAAAUACAGACGAUGAAAAAAAGAUCAUACACACAAAAACCAGCAUGGUGAAAAUAGAUGAUGAAAGCAUUGUAAUUAAAGUAUUUUUUUAAAUCAAUAAUUGUCUUACCAGCCUAAUGUUGUUAUGUAACCUAAACGGGUCGAUAGUUCAGCAACGCAACAGGCAAACUAAACCCUGAUUUCACACCUCACCACUGAUCAUUUUAACUAGUCAUGUGGGUAUCAUCAGUGGUCUAUGGCCAACACUUCCACAUGUACAACAUAUGUGCAUAUAUGCAUGUACAUGGAAUGCGUGUGCCUUGACCGUAGCAGUAAAUUACCCACAAUGCUUUGUGACAUCUACAUUCAGUAGCAUGGUGAGAAGCUUUUCAUGCUGAGCAUGUCUGAGGAUUUGAAUCAUUCAUGUUUUAUUCAUUGUACAAAGUAGAUAUAAAUUAGUUGCUGUGUGUACAUAGAAAGUACUAAAUAUAUUCGUUUAAUAUCUGUACAGAGUUGAAAAUGGCGAGGGUUCCUUGGAUGAAAAAUUAUGGUGUACAUAUGGAACUGUACAUUUGUUUAGUACUACUGAAACAUCUACCAAAGUUUAUCUUGGAUCUAUUUUGCUUUCUGAUGCUUUCAUACAUGUAUUAAUAGUUGAACAUUAUUUCUGUUUGGACAUUUGCUUUGAUAUUGUGUGUUUUGAUGCUGAAUUUGUUUAUAGUAGUUUCUUUUGAUUCAGUAAUGUGCAUGUGUGCAUAAUAUCAGUUUUUAUUUUAUUACCGUCCACCAAGAAUAUUAGAGUCUAAAUGUUAAUGUACAGAUUUUUGUUGUUUGAUCCAGGGUUUAAAACCUACAAAGUGAUAGGUCAGUGUGGUUUUCUGGAGGGGGUGGGGAAUAGGAGAUAUACCGUGGGAGGGGUAGGCUGAAGCUCUUCCCUAAAAAAGUGAUAUUAAAUCAGUUAUAUGCUGCUAAUAAUAAGUAAAUGAAUGUUGGAUAUCAUUCAGAAAACAAAGAAACAAACACUUUUGAGACCCAGUCAAAUUACAGAAUAAUGAGCCAACACCUUUCCUUGCAACAGACUCAAAAAGCGCGUCCUCUUUGGUUCUUAGUGAGCUCUUCUUGUUGAGCUACUGCCCUGUAUUUACAUUUUGUUUUAUGCUCAACUACACCUGUUUAUUGGGCUGUGAUUGUUUACGCAAGGAAUCAGGUUUUUAGGAAAUAUGCAUGGGUGCUUGAGUAUCCUCAGAAAAUAUUGAAAUCCAUGAUAAAUUCUCUCAUGUUUUAAGGCAGUGUAAAGAUAAUUGAUGAACUUUGGCGUUCUGUGAGGGGAACCUCCUAUCUGCUGCUGCACUGAUAAAGUUUAUCAGAUUGACCAUCUUCUGACAUUUUUGCUGAUUUGCAUUCAUGCUCUUUAAUGAUACAUUUGUCUUUUGCACCCUGAAAUAUAAAAUAUAUUAUUGUUGUAGUGUACAUGCACACAUUGCAUGUCAUAAAAUGACUUGAUCACCUGUCAGAAGAACCACAAAGGGCUUUUAUUUCCGUAUUCUGAAAUUUCUAAUGGAAAUGUGAAGAGUGGAAGUUAAGAGCAAUUAGCCAACAUUGUGAAAGUGAACAUGUCUUACUUUGAUACUCUCAAAUGCAAUAGUAUUUGUGAACAUGGCAUAUGUCAGUCAGUACACUUUUAAACUUCAUGCUUUUUCGGUUAAGAUGGUUUAAGUGUUCCCUGUAGGAAUUAGUCUGUUAAUCGUGCAAGCCAUAUCCUAAGAAAUUUGUUUGCUUUUCAUAAAGAUCAACCAAUAAAAUACUGAGAAAAUGUAACUUGAAA